AUGUUUGAGAAGUGCAUAUCAGCCGAAUCGGGUGUCGUUUUCCGGAAGCACUUCGUGGACUGCUUCGCGAACGACAUCUUCCUGAAGGGCCUCAAGCUGGCGGAGAACCACAUCAAGAAUCUCACGUACUUCCUGACGCACAUGCACCAUGUGCUUCAGAAGUACGUGGAGAUGGACGAAUGGCAGGCCUUGAUCGACGCCGGUGACGAUGCGAAGCCGUUCACGGAGGCUGUGACACGUAUCUGGGAGCUCGUCAAGGCUCUUUUGACCAUGCUGCUGGCAUCCCCAGAAAGAGAGGGCCUGGCUGCCAAGAACAUGCUUUCGCUGUUGAACUACAAGGGCCCAUCGGUGCUGGAGAACUCCAUCAAAAGCCUCCUCAGCGACCACCGCUUUUGGACUGGCGCCAUCAGCAGCACGAACAAGUUCGCUGCGACAGGCAAGCUGGCCUUCCCCAAGCUGAAGGCCUUGGAGGACCACAUCAAGAAUCUGAAGAGUGGGGAGUUUGAUGCAACCUCCUGGUUGGAUGCGACAGCGGAUGCCUUCAAGCAGCUUCCGGACCUUCGCGAGAAGCUCAAGCCCAACGCCACGAAGCGGCUGGAACAGUAUCUUCGCCAGAUGGUGGACCCCAUCGCACGGCACAUCACGUCAGCUACCUCCCCGGAAGGCUUGGCUAUGAGGAGCGUGGAGGCCUUCAUGGAUGGCGUGAAGAAGAUUUUCGCAUCAGACGAGUCCUUGGCCGGCACAGCGGAGAAACUCGGUCAAUGGCAAGCCAAGAUGGCAGGCGAGUUGGUUUUGCGAAGGGUGCUGAGCGGCUUGGCUGAUGUGGUCAGCUGCAACAAAGCCGAUUGGGUCCUCCUCAGCGAUGAUAUUCCACGUGUGCCCGACCUCGAGACCCGGUCAGAGAUCACGAGGGCCUUGGCACGGACCUUCCACAUUUUCUUGGAGGAUUUCCUCAAGACUGAGAUGGAUGCAGGAAGCUUAGACAAUUUUUGCAUCUGGUUCGUCAUGCUGGGGAGUCGUGGCAGGGUCGGAAACCGAGAACGCGAGUGUGGACCCCGGUCUGCGAUGUUUCGCCCCAAGCUCGACAUGCUGCAAAGUGCUGUGGUGAAAAGCAACCAUCCAGCUGCAGAGCUGGCGAAGCAGUUGUUGCUCAUGUUGACGCUGACGUCGAAUGCUCGUGACAGUCUUGCCUCUUAUGAGAAAUUGGGUCCCUCCACGGCCCAGCGUGUGCGGAGAGAUGCUUCCGGCAUCAAUCUCGCGAAUGUCGCAAAGAUCUUCCUGACCUUCGACAAGACGAAGACGGCCCUGAGUGCUGGAAUCAAGAAAGUCAACGAGGAGAUCAGCGGCUAUGAGAAGGCUGAUCAGGAAGUGGUCGGUAUGCUACUGACAAGCCCCGUCGACAGCUACAUCACCGUGGACUGGAGCGUGCUGAUCGAUGCUUUGAAUGCGGUUGGCCAGUCGAUGGUCGAGAGAAUCUCAAUGGCAGUCAGCAAGACCGCGUGUAUCGUGCAAGAGAAGCAGCUGGGCGGCAAGAAUGACUGGCGGCGUCAACUCCCGGACACUGCCGACGGCCCGACAGUGCUUCGCAUCGGCGCGGAGGCGUUGAAAGAUGUGGAGGGCAAGACAUUGGGUGAUGCGAUUGAAGUGAUGGAGGAGGCAUUGUGUGUGUCCAAGGCUGCUGAGCAGACGCAGAAGAACUUCGGUGCCGUGAUCAAGUGCUUGCGAAAGCAGUCCGACAGCCUGGAGCUCAAUGGAUGGAAUGCGCUUGAGGAGCAGAGCAAAAUCCUGCAGACCGCCACAAAGGGCUUCCGCAUGACAUUCUGUGAGGGCUUGGUGAUGUGGGCUGCCACCUCAACACCCACAAAGGCGAUCCUCGCAAGCCUUCGAGCCCAGGAAGCCCUGAUUGCCGGUGAAGUCAUUGAUGAGGCAUGCAUGCACCCGAAAAUCUUGGAAAAGCUGCGUGAGCUUUUGGCCCGCGGAACGGCGCAGGCUUAA